AUGGCACCAGAACUCAAGAGCAGGCCGAAGGUGAAACAACGCCCAGGACAGCAAGUGAAACAGAGCAGAAGGAACCUCAACACCAAACGCAAGCAUGAGUGGCUCCUCAGCACCAGCCAUUACAAGGACGACAGGUCUCUGGGCUCCCCACCACAGGGCAACAGGUCUCUGGGCUCCCCACCACAGGGCGGCAGGUCUCUGGGCUCCCCACCACAGGGCGGCAGGUCUCUGGGCUCCCCACCACAGGGCGGCAGGUCUCUGGGCUCCCCACCACAGGGCGAUAGGUUUCUGGGCUCCCCACCACAGGGCGGCAGGUCUCUGGGCUCCCCUCCACAGGGCGGCAGGUCUCAGGGCUCCCCACCACAGGGCGGCCGGUCUCUGGGCUCCCCACCACAGGGCAACAGGUCUCUGGGCUCCCCACCACAGGGCAACAGGUCUCUGGGCUCCCCACCACAGGGCGGCAGGUCUCUGGGCUCCCCACCACAGGGCGGCAGGUCUCUGGGCUCCCCACCACAGGGCGAUAGGUUUCUGGGCUCCCCACCACAGGGCGGCAGGUCUCUGGGCUCCCCACCACAGGGCGGCAGGUCUCUGGGCUCCCCACCACAGGGCGACAGGUCUCUGGGCUCCCCACCACAGGGCGACAGGUCUCUGGGCUCCCCACCACAGGGCGACAGGUCUCUGGGCUCCCCACCACAGGGCGACGGGUCUCUGGGCUCCCCACCACAGGGCGACGGGUCUCUGGGCUCCCCACCACAGGGCGACAGGUCUCUGGGCUCCCCACCACAGGGCGACAGGUCUCUGGGCUCUCCACCACAGGGCGACAGGUCUCUGGGCUCCCCACCACAGGGCGACAGGUCUCUGGGCUCCCCACCACAGGACGACAGGUCUCUGGGCUCCCCCAGUGACGUGGACAGGUCUCUGGGCUCCCCACCACAGGGUGGCAGGUCUCUGGGCUCCCCACCACAGGGCGACAGGUCUCUGGGCUCUCCACCACAGGGCGACAGGUCUCUGGGCUCCCCACCACAGGGCGACAGGUCUCUGGGCUCUCCACCACAGGGCGACAGGUCUCUGGGCUCCCCACCACAGGGCGACAGGUCUCUGGGCUCCCCACCACAGGACGACAGGUCUCUGGGCUCCCCACCACAGGGUGGCAGGUCUCUGGGCUCUCCACCACAGGGCGACAGGUCUCUGGGCUCCCCACCACAGGGCGACAGGUCUCUGGGCUCCCCGCCACAGGGCGACAGGUCUCUGGGCUCCCCACCACAGGGCGACAGGUCUCUGGGCUCUCCACCACAGGGCAACGGGUCUCUGGGCUCCCCACCACAGGGCGACGGGUCUCUGGGCUCCCCACCACAGGGCGACAGGUCUCUGGGCUCCCCACCACAGGGCGACAGGUCUCUGGGCUCUCCACCACAGGGCGACAGGUCUCUGGGCUCCCCACCACAGGGCGACAGGUCUCUGGGCUCCCCACCACAGGACGACAGGUCUCUGGGCUCCCCACCACAGGACGACAGGUCUCUGGGCUCCCCACCACAGGGUGGCAGGUCUCUGGGCUCCCCACCACAGGGCGACAGGUCUCUGGGCUCUCCACCACAGGGCGACAGGUCUCUGGGCUCCCCACCACAGGGCGACAGGUCUCUGGGCUCUCCACCACAGGGCGACAGGUCUCUGGGCUCCCCACCACAGGGCGACAGGUCUCUGGGCUCCCCACCACAGGACGACAGGUCUCUGGGCUCCCCACCACAGGGUGGCAGGUCUCUGGGCUCUCCACCACAGGGCGACAGGUCUCUGGGCUCCCCACCACAGGGCGACAGGUCUCUGGGCUCCCCGCCACAGGGCGACAGGUCUCUGGGCUCCCCACCACAGGGCGACAGGUCUCUGGGCUCCCCACCACAGCUACGCUCCCACCAACAAACAUGA